CCACGAAUUUUGCAUAAACAACACGGGAUUGACCAACAUAAACCUGCCGAAAUGUCCGAUUCACCCUCUGGUCCACGUGUCAAGCGACAGCGAAUUGACAAAAAUGGUCGUUUUGCUGCUUUGGAGAAACUGCGUCAAUUGAAGGGAACCAAAAACAAAUGCCAAGUGGAGGAGGAUGUGGACAAUGUCUACGAGGUUGUGGAUGAGCGGGAGUACGCCAAGAGGGCGCAGGAGAAGUACGGCGAUGACUGGAUAGAAGAGGAUGGCACUGGCUAUGCGGAAGAUGGUCGCGACUUUUUCGAGGAUGAAGACGAGUACUCCGAUGAGGGCGAAGACAAAAAGGACACUAAGAACAAGAAGAAGAAUCUGGCCAACAACAAGAAGAGGCCUCGGGAGAGUGAAAAGCCAGUCAAGGGCAAGGCCUCCAUCAAGAAUCUAUUUAGCAAUGCUGUUCCCAAGAAGACGGACGUGAAGAACAGUGUAAAAGAUGAUGAUAUCCUAGCCGAUAUCCUCGGCGAAAUGAAGGAGGAGCCGGGAGUGUCCCCCAAAAAGGAGGAGAAGGUGAUUGCUCCGGCCAAAAUAGUGUUGGCCACACGCAAAUCGGAGGCCGCCGCGGCCAAGGAUUACAUGAACAGCUUCCUCAACAAUAUCAAGAUCCAGGAGCAGGAACGAAAGAAGGCCGAGGCCAGCAGCGACCAUGAAAUGUUGGAGCGCAUCCUAAAGCCCAAAGCGGCACCCAACAAAAAGGUGGCGUCGGAGAUGCCGCAGUCGUCUGCUGUGCAAGUAAAGAAGGAACCCCCGUCUGCCAAGAAAAAUACGACCGCGACCCAGCCCGAUGAAGCCACCGAGGAUCCCUUUCCGGACAACGACAUGGACUUCAGUUGCCUGGACGACGACGAGAAUCAGUUCGAAGUGGAGAAACCCAAAGAGGCGAUUCCCACGCCCGUCCCAACCAAGCCAGAGACCGCCUCCAGCUCGCCCCCAGAGGAGCCCGAAGAUAUAAGCAAACUUCUAAGCAACUGGGAGUCGAUCUGCCAAAUGGACGACGACUUUGAAAAGUCUGCGUUGGCCGGGGAGCAGGAGACGUCCAUUUCUUCGGAUGAGCAGCUGCGUUUCUGGUACUGGGAGGCCUGGGAGGAUCCACAGAAAUUGCCCGGCGAGGUCUUCCUCUUUGGUCGCACGGCGGAUGGCAAGUCUGUGUGUGUGCGGGUACAAAACAUCAAUCGAGUGCUUUAUCUGCUGCCCAGGCAACACCUCCUGGAUCCUAUCACCAAAGAGCCAACAAAGCAAAAGGUAACCGUGGCCGACAUAUACAAGGAGUUUGACAGCCACGUAGCCAACAAUCUGAAGCUGGAUACCUUCCGUUCGCGCAAGGUGAGCAAGAACUUCGCCAAUCAUGCCAUUGGGAUCGAUGUCCCACAGACCUGCGACUACCUGGAGGUGCACUACGAUGGCAAGAAGCCGGCACCGAAUGUGGCCAACCAGAAAUACGAUUCCAUAGCGCACAUAUUUGGUGCUGGCACAAAUGCCUUGGAGCGAUUUCUGCUAGAGCGCAAGAUCAAGGGACCCGGCUGGCUGCAGAUCAGCGGCUUUAAGAUCCCACCAGCGCCCAUGAGUUGGUGCAAAAUGGAGGUGACUGUGUCGGAGCCAAAGAAUGUGGAGCUGGUCCAGGAUAAGGGCAAACCAGCUGCACCACCGCCACUUACGCUGCUGGCACUGAACGUGCGCACAUCGAUGAAUCCCAAGACAAUGAAGAACGAGAUCUGCAUGAUCUCCAUGCUGACCCACAAUCGAUUCCAUAUCGAUAGGCCAGCGCCACAGCCCGCCUUCAACCGACACAUGUGCGCCCUAACGCGACCGGCGGUGAUUAAUUGGCCCUUCGAUUUGAACCUGGAGCUGGCCAAAUACAAGUCCACAAAGAUCCAGAAACACGAUACCGAGCGGUCCCUACUUAGCUGGUUCCUGGCCCAAUAUCAGCAGAUUGAUGCCGAUCUCGUGGUGACAUUCGAUGCCAUGGAUUGCCAGUUGAAUGUGAUAACCGAUCAGAUUGUGGCCCUGAAGAUACCCCAGUGGUCGCGUAUGGGUCGCUUGAGGCUCACCCAAUCAUUUGGCAAGCGUCUGCUCGAUCACUUUGUGGGGCGCAUGGUCUGCGAUGUGAAGCGUUCGGCGGAGGAGUGCAUCCGUGCCAGGUCCUAUGAUUUGCAGUCGCUCUGCCUGCAGGUUCUGAAGCUGCAGGAGUCGGAGCGCAUGGAAGUGAAUGCCGACGACCUGCUGGAGAUGUACGAAAAGGGAGAGAACAUCACGAAGCUCAUCUCCCUGACCAUGCAGGACACCUCUUACAUGCUGCGGCUCAUGUGCGAGCUGAAUAUCAUGCCGCUGGCUCUGCAGAUCACCAAUAUCUGCGGCAACACCAUGACGCGCACUCUGCAGGGCGGUCGCUCCGAGCGGAACGAGUUUCUGCUGCUCCACGCCUUUCACGAGAAGAACUACAUUGUGCCCGACAAGAAGCCGCAGCGUGGACGGGGCGCCGCCGAUCCCGAUGGCACCUUUGGCGGGGAUGCUACAGCGCUCCCGGUGCGCAAGAAGGCCGCGUAUGCCGGCGGUUUGGUGCUGGAACCCAUGCGUGGGCUGUACGAGAAGUUUGUCCUCCUGAUGGACUUCAAUUCGCUGUAUCCCAGCAUCAUCCAGGAGUACAACAUCUGUUUCACCACCGUCCAGCAACCGGUGGACGCCGAUGAGCUGCCCACGCUGCCCGACACAAAGACGGAGGCUGGCAUCUUGCCGCUGCAGCUAAAACGUUUGGUGGAAUCGCGCCGAGAGGUCAAGAAACUGAUGGCUGCACCGGAUCUCUCGCCGGAGCUGCAGAUGCAGUACCACAUUCGACAAAUGGCCCUCAAGCUGACGGCCAAUUCCAUGUACGGAUGCCUGGGCUUUGCCCAUUCGCGUUUCUUUGCCCAACAUCUGGCCGCCCUGGUCACGCACAAGGGCAGGGAGAUCCUCACGAACACCCAGCAGCUGGUGCAGAAGCUGAACUAUGAUGUGGUCUAUGGCGACACGGAUUCGCUGAUGAUCAACACAAACAUUACGGACUACGAUCAGGUGUACAAGAUCGGGCACAGCAUCAAGCAGAGUGUGAACAAGUUGUACAAACAGCUGGAGCUGGACAUUGACGGUGUCUUCUCUUGUCUCCUGCUGCUCAAAAAGAAGAAAUACGCCGCCGUCAAGGUGAGCAAGACCGCGAAGGGUGUCCUAAAGCGUGAACAGGAGCACAAGGGUCUCGAUAUUGUGCGUCGCGAUUGGUCCCAGCUGGCCGUCAUGGUGGGCAAGGCCGUGCUAGACGAGGUCCUGGCCGAGAAGCAGCUGGAGGAAAAACUGGAUGCUGUCCAUGCCCAGCUGGAGCGGAUCAAGGAUCAGAUAGCCCAGUCGGCUGUCCCACUGCCACUCUUUGUAAUUACCAAACAACUGACGCGCGCUCCCCAGGAGUACGCGAACAGCGGCUCCCUGCCACAUGUCCAGGUAGCUUUGCGCAUGAAUCGCGAACGGAAUCGUCGCUACAAGAAGGGCGACAUGGUGGACUAUGUGAUCUGUGUGGAUGGCACCACAAAUGCGGCCAUGCAGCGGGCCUAUCAUCUGGAUGAGCUCAAGGGCAGCGAGACUCUGAAGCUGGACACCGACUACUAUUUGGGCCAUCAGAUCCAUCCGGUGGUGACGCGCAUGGUGGAGGUGCUGGAGGGCACCGAUGCCAGCCGGAUUGCCGAAUGCCUCGGCAUGGAUCCCACUAAGUUCCGACAGAAUGCUCAGCGGGCCCAGCGGGAGAUCAACGAACAGGCGGAGGGCGAAUCCCUGCUGAAGACCACCCUCCAGCUGUAUCGGCUGUGUGAGCCCUUCCGCUUCAAUUGUGUGACCUGCAAGACCGAGCAACUGAUGGCCAGCGCCUACCGACCCGGAGUCAAUCAUUCGCAUGUUCCCGUACUGCAGCAAUGCUCAAAGGCCGAAUGCCAGACAGCCCCGCUGCAGUACCUUGUGAGCAUACGGAACCAAUUGCAGCUGGCCAUCAGGCGAUAUGUGCAGAGAUUCUACAAGAAUUGGCUGGUCUGCGACCAUCCAGACUGCAACUACAACACGCGCACCCACACUCUGAAGAAGGACAUGCGACGACCGCUAUGCUACAAGUGCAAGAGCGGCAGCUUGUUGAGGCAGUACACGGAGCGGGAUCUGUACAAUCAGCUUUGCUAUCUGCGGUUCCUCUUUGACCUCAACAAGCAGCAGCUUCAACAAAAACCUACCAUGACGCCAGAGCUGGAGCAGGGCUAUCAAAUGCUCUACGAGACUGUGGAUCAGCACUUGCAGAGCUCGUCGUAUGUGGUCAUCUCGCUGCGGAAGCUCUUUGGUCGAACUCUGACUCUGAUGUCCCUUCAACCGCCACGGCCGCGACCCCACAACGAACUGAUCGCCAGCACUUUGGCAGAUGUUUAAACAUUUAAUUAACUAGCCUUGCUCUAAGGGUUUCCAUUAAAUAUUACGAGUAUGUAUAAAACUA